UAUACUGUUGUCACCGCGCUCAGUGGGCUGCGGGGAACCGAAUGCGUACAUACGCGAAACGAUGGAAGUUGCUCUCUUGCGUGAUGUUCGUGGUUUGAGCUGAGCGGAAUGGUUGGUCUGUGAGGCUCGAACGCGAGGUUCUCCCUCCUCAGUAACGACACACAGCAGGGAUCCGCGCUUCAUCACAGGGGAAGAAAAAAAACGGGGAUCUUCCUAACGGUCCACAUUCGAUUUGGCUCCUCUCGGGCUCGUUUGGGGUCGGAUUAGUUGGCGCUGGAUGCCGGCGAAGAAGAGACAGAGCGCUCACUGUGGAGGAGUUUGACGCGCAGGGGGGAUUUUCAACAGGGCUACCGGAGGUCUCAGCUCUUACAACUCUGAGAAAAAUAAAAAUACAAAUCUGAGGCGAGGCGAAGCGCAAGCGGCGGCGGCGAAGAAGAAGGACGAACGGCCCUUUUCGGAGCGGUUUCCUCUCCUGUGAGCAACUACUCGUUCGCCGGGGACGGGAUUUAAAAACGCACACGUCCCCACGCAAGACUUAUCUUCGUUUUUUCAACCCCACUUCAACAUUAAGAGGCAUUUAAGUGCGGGAGAGAUGAAAGUUGCCACGGCGGUGUUGCUUCUGGCCGCGUCCUGGUGUCUGAGGUGGAAGUCGGUGCUGUCCGACUCCAUCAUACACAUCGGAGCCAUUUUCGACGAAUCGGCCAAGAAGGACGACGAGGUGUUCCGCAUGGCCGUGGCUGACCUGAACCUCAACAACGAGAUUCUGGAGACGGAGAAGAUCACCAUUUCAGUGGAGUUUGUCGAUGGGAACAAUCCUUUCCAGGCGGUCCAGGAAGCCUGCGAGCUCAUGAACCGGGGCAUCCUGGCUCUGGUCAGCUCCAUCGGCUGCAUGUCGGCCGGCUCCCUGCAGUCGCUCGCCGACGCCAUGCACAUCCCGCACCUGUUUAUCCAGCGCGCGCCUGCCGGGACGCCCCGCUCCGGCUGCCCCCCCACGAGCCGCGGCCACUCCGACGACUACACGCUUUUCGUGCGGCCACCCGUCUACCUCAACGAUGUCAUCCUGCACGUGGUCACCGAGUACAGCUGGCAGAAGUUCAUCAUCUUCUACGACACAGAAUACGACAUCCGGGGCAUCCAAGACUUCCUGGACAAGACGUCGCAGCAGGGAAUGGAUGUGGCUCUGCAGAAGGUGGAGUCCGACGUCAACAUGAUGAUCACGGGGAUGUUCCGCACCAUGCGCGUGGAAGAGCUGCACCGCUACCGGGACACGCUGCGGCGAGCCGUGCUCUUCAUGAGCCCCGCCACCGCCAAGGCCUUCAUCGCCGAGGUCGUGGAGACGAACCUGGUGGCCUUCGACUGUCACUGGAUCAUCAUCAAUGAGGAGAUCUCAGACCUGGACGUGCAGGAGCUGGUGAUGAAGUCCAUCGGGCGGCUGACGCUGGUGCGCCAGAGCUUCCCCCUGCCCCAGAACGCGAGCCAGCGCUGCGUGCGCAGCAACCACCGCAUCAACACCUCGCUGUGUGACCCAAAGGACCCGAAGGCUCAGACGCUGGAGAUCACGAACCGCUACAUCUACGACACCGUGCUGCUGCUGGCCAACACGUUCCACAAGAAGCUGGAGGACAGGAAGUGGCACAGCAUGGCCAGCCUCACCUGCAUUCGCAAGAACUCCAAGCCCUGGCAGGGGGGCCGCUCCAUGCUGGAGACCGUCAAGAAGGGGGGUGUGAGCGGUCUGACCAGCCUGCUGGAGUUCAACGAGAACGGAACUAACCCCAACAUCCACUUUGAGAUCCUGGGCACCAACUACGGGGAGGACCGAGGGCGGGGCGUCACAAAGCUGGGGACCUGGGACCCGGUGCACGGCCUGAACGGAACGCUCAGCGACAGGAAGCUGGAGAACAACAUGAGGGGCGUGGUCCUCCGGGUGGUCACCGUGCUGGAAGAGCCUUUCGUGAUGGUGUCUGAGAACGUGCUGGGGAAACCAAAGAAGUAUCAGGGCUUCUCCAUCGAUGUACUGGACGCCCUCUCCAAUUACCUGGGCUUCAAGUACGAGAUCUACGUGGCCCCGGACCAUAAGUACGGCAGCCUGCAGGCCGACGGCGUCUGGAACGGCCUCGUCGGGGAGCUGGUCUUCAAGAGGGCAGACGUGGGCCUGUCGGCGCUGACCAUCACGCCCGAGCGCGAGAGCGUGGUGGACUUCACCACUCGCUACAUGGACUACUCGGUGGGGGUGCUGCUGAAGAAGGCGGAACGCACGGUGGACAUGUUCGCCUGCCUGGCGCCCUUUGACCUCUCUUUGUGGGCGUGCAUUGCGGGCACCGUGCUGCUGGUGGGCGUGCUCGUCUAUCUGCUCAACUGGCUGAACCCGCCGCGUCUCCCUAUGGGAUCCGUCUCCUCCACAACCCUCUACAACUCCAUGUGGUUCGUCUACGGUUCCUUCGUCCAGCAAGGUGGUGAGGUGCCCUACACUACCCUGGCAACGCGGAUGAUGAUGGGCAUCUGGUGGCUCUUCGCCCUGAUCGUCAUCUCCUCUUACACUGCCAACCUGGCUGCUUUCCUCACCAUCACGCGCAUUGAGAGCUCCAUUCAGUCUCUCCAGGAGCUUUCCAAGCAGACAGAGUUACCAUACGGGACUGUGCUGGACUCGGCUGUCUACGAUCAGGUGCGCAGCAAGGGCAUGAACCCAUUUGAGAGGGACCCCAUGUACGCGCAGAUGUGGCGCAUGAUCAACCGGACCGGAGGUGCUGACAACAAUGUAGAGGAGUCCAAGGAAGGCAUCCGCAAGGUGAAGAACGGCCACUUUGCCUUCAUCUGGGAUGCGGCCGUGCUGGAGUACGUGGCCAUCAACGACGAGGACUGCUCCUUCUACACGGUGACGAGCAGCAGCUCAGACCGAGGAUAUGGCAUCGCCAUGCAGCACGGAAGCCCCUACCGCGACAUCUUUUCCCAGAGGAUUCUGGAGCUGCAACAGAACGGGGACAUGGACAUCCUGAAGCUGAAGUGGUGGCCGCGAGACAGCCCGUGCGACCUGUACUCUGCGGUGCAGACGCGGCACCGCACCAGCGCCCUGGACAUACACAGCUUUGCCGGCGUCUUCUGCGUGCUGGCGGCCGGCGUUGUGCUUUCCUGCCUCAUCGCCAUGGUGGAGACCUGGUGGACCCGACGGAAGGGCUCACGGGUGCCCUCCAAGGAGGAUGACAAAGAGAUUGACCUGGAGCACCUUCACCGGAGGGUGAACAGCCUGUGCACGGAGGACGACAGCCCCCACAAGCAGUUCUCCGCCUCCUCUAUUGACCUGACCCCCCUGGACAUGGACUCGCUUCCCGCUGCACGCCAAGCCCUGGAGCAAAUCAGCGACUUCCGCAACACACACAUCACCACCACCACCUUCAUCCCGGAGCAGAUCCAGACACUGAGCCGCAGCCUCUCCGCCAAGGCGGCCGCCGGCUUCGCCUUCGGGGGAGCGCCGGACCACCGGACUGGGGGGGGAGGGUUCCGGCAGCGAGCCCCCAACGGCGGUUUCUUCCGCAGCCCUAUCAAGACAAUGUCCACGAUCCCCUACCAGCCAACCCCAGCGCCGAACUUCAGCUACGGCAACGACCCGGACCGGGGCACAUCCAUUUGAGCACCGGCCCUGGGGAGGGAGGGGCAAGAGGAUCGCGGCGGAAACACACAAACGACAGAGAUAUGUGUACAUAGGAAUCGCUUUCCCUUCUCCUUGUUUUCGCUUUGCUUUUUUUUUUUUGUUCGGCCAGACUGGGCUCGGUCGUUCCUUCCGGAACCAGGAAGAGCGCUUAACUUUCGCUUAAUCGUCGUCGUCGUCGUGUGGAGAGAGAUUUUUGACACGGAGGGGAUCGCCUUUUUUCCCUCUUUUUAUUUUGCGCUGUUUGGGGACGGCUCUCUGGACAAGGCGAGGGACGGGCGCGGAUGACACGUCGAAACAGCCACUUUGUGGGAGAGAGGAGUUCUGGGCUCGAUUCCCUACUCGUCCCUGCAGCUGCAAUAACUCGAGCGUCACGUCGGUGAUCUCAUCGGUUCUGCCCUUCUCCUUGUCGGAACCUGCUUUCUCCUUCGGCGUUCGGGUGUUGAGCGGCAACGCCUCGAGCGCAUUGCCAAAUUUACCGGUACAGUGGAACACCACCCCUUGGCUUGAUAGAAAAGCCUGAAGCACGGUCAAGGGCAGGGCCUCAUGGUUAGCGCCAGGAGACCAUGAAGUGGUCACUCGAUUCUACUGCACUGUAGCAGUGCCCUCAGACCAGGAUGUGAUUGUAUGUAACUCUGACACUUAUGCGAAUGGUGCUGGUUAUUUCGAGACGAGAGCUCAGAGUGAAACACUGACACAAAGGUGAUACGGGACCGAAACAGAAAAGACAAAGACGAGUCAAAAAAAAAAAAACAAACGAACGGCUACAAGAGGACUAGAACUGUGGCUGAGGCUGCUGUGUGUCUUUAAUUACAUUUGUUUUAAAUUUAACAACUAUUAAUGCGUGGAAUGUGUUUGGUCAGAAAGUU